AUGUCGUCGACGUCUGCUUCCGCGCAGGUAAAAACACCACUUCCCACGACCACACCUGCGCAAGAUGUACCCAUAAAGCGAACCUGGUAUCGGACAACACUAUUCAAUGCCUUCGUUAUUGGAAUGGUGGGCUUUUUGGCCCCCGGUCUUUGGAACGCCAUGUCCGCCCUUGGCGCAGGCGGUGCUCAGGAACCGUUUCUUGUCAACGCCGCAAAUGCACUGGUGUUUGGACUGAUGGGCAUCCUGUGUCUUAUAGGCGGGCCUAUUGCUAAUCGCAUCGGUCUCGAUUGGACAUUGUUCCUCGGCGCAGUGGGCUAUCCCAUCUAUUCGGCUGGUCUGUACACUAACAACCGCUACGGAAACGAAUGGCUUGUUCUUUUUGGAGCUGUCACCUGCGGCAUCUCGGCUGGUCUCUUCUGGGCGUCGGAAGGCGCCGUCGCAUUGGGCUAUCCUGAGCCUGCCAAACGAGGCAAAUACAUGAAUAUUUGGCUAUGGUUUCGUACAGGAGGGCCGUUGCUCGGAGGCGCCAUUGUCCUGGCGUUAAACCACGAUGCUUCUGCCAAGAAGAAGGGCAAGAUUGAUGCGCGGACGUACCUUGUUUUCGUUGCAUUGCAAUGUGUUGCCGCACCCGUUGCACUUUUGCUGUCAUCGCCAGAGACCGUCCAACGAGCAGAUGGGAGCAAAGUCAUUGUCAAAGCUGAGAAGAGCCUCAGGGCGGAAUUCAAGAGCCUAUGGAAGCUAACCCUGCGAAAGGAUCUGCUCCUUUUACUUCCCGUCUUCUGGGCCGCCUACUUCAACCAGUACAGUGGCAACUUCCAAACCUACUAUUUUGGUGUGAGGGCUCGUGCUCUUAUCGGCUUCGUGAGCAACUUCGGCACCUUGUUAAGCUCACAGCUUAUGAGCUGGUUUCUCGAUUACGAUGGCAUUCGGGUGAAGCGACGAAUCGAGCUCGGCUUUUAUUACGUCGUUGUAUGGCACGUCAUUGCCUGGGUCUACGGUUGGGUCAUUCAGGAAAAGUACACCGCCAACCCGCCAGUCUGGGACUGGACAGACGCCGGGUUCGUAGAAGGCUUCUUCGUCCUGCUGCUGUGGGACUUUGCCAGGCAGGCGCUACAGAACUGGCUGUAUUACUUCCUGGCAACCAAGACCGAUAACAUCUCCGAACUGAGUCGAUUCUCCGGCAUUCUGAGAGGCCAGGAGAGUUUUGCCCAAGCCAUCAGCUAUGGGCUCAAUACGAGGGAGUGGAAAGGUGGUAGAGUGCCAUUGGCUGUCAACACUAUCCUUUUGGAUUUGGCGUCGAUUGGCUGA